AUGAGUGGUUACGUCGGGCUCUUUGAAUAUUGGAUAUUGAAUGGACUUGUAAUUGUUGCCAAUUUGCGCUCGUUUGUGUUGUCCGAGUUUGUCAAUUUUAAACUUUUCGGUCGUACGCCUAGUCAUACAAUGACUGGUCAACGUCGCUCCAUCAAGAAAAAUUCCACUAGAAACUCAGAUCCUAUUCCGGAAGAGAGAACGUUCGUCAAUCCAUCAGCUUUGAGUCCUCAUUUAUUCUGUCCAAUAUGUCAAGAGGCUUUCUGUAACCCCCAACGUGCUCCUUGUGGUCAUAGUUUUUGCAAGAAUUGUAUUGAGCCCUGGAUUCAAAAUAAUCCUACCUGUCCGGUGGACCGUAAGUCGAUUCCAAAAGGAUCAAUGCAUCAUGAUUUUAUUGUGGAAAAUAUAAUAGGUGAUUAUAUGGUCGCAUGUCCUUGGCGUACACUCGGAUGUGAUUUUAUUGGCAAGUUAUCUCUUUUACCCGGUCAUAAGAAAACAUGUAUCAUGAAUCCAAGUUCUUUGCCUCCAGCCCUACGUGCUCAUACCUCAGCUUCCUUAAAUCAAGUUAGUAGCAAUCAAUCUCUAGAUCUGAAAUCAUGUAAAAAUAAUCAACAGUCGUCAGUAAAAGUUAGUUUUGUGUUUCAGUCACAACUUCCUUUGAAUACAAUUACAACGACAGAGGUAAAUAUUGAUGGCAAUCAAUGUUCCAAUAUUCAUAGCGUUGAGUCAAGAAAUGGCUCAAGUUCCUACGACGAUGCUCAGGAAGAAAGUCUUAUACUUGUCAGUGAUGAUGAAGCUAAUUUACCGCCUGCUCCACCACCCAGUCUUUUGUUCCGACUAUACCAUAAUUCUGAUGCUAAUAGUCGUGAUUUAUUAUGUGAUUUUAUACAAAAUAGUUCAAAUACUACAACUCAGUCAUCUAGUAUUAACAAUAAAAACAAGAAUAACCCUAAUAAACGAGGACGUAAAAAAUAAGCUUAAAUUAAAUACUGUUCCGGUUGAUUUCUCAAAGCAUUUCAAAUUAGUGUUCAAACUUUUGCCUAAUAUGUACAUUCGUAAACACAAAUAUCUGGAAUGUUUUCUUUUAAAUGUUGUUUAAAAGACAUUAAUUGUUGUUUCGGAAUGUGUAUUUCAUACUCAUUCUUUCAUUAAAUUCAAACAUACCGGUGAA